GAGAGAAAGAGAGAGAGAAACCAAUUCAGUUCAAAUCUCUAUCUCUCUCUCUUCCUGCCUUUGUGGACCUCCUCACGAGCCCAAGCAGAGCAGAGGCGCCUUUCCUCCUCCUUCCUCGUCCUCCUCGCCACGGAAGAACCGCUCCACGCCGACGAGAUAUUCUCAUCAUUUGGGCUAAGGAUUUAUAGAGGUGUGCAGCCUGUUCUUGUUUCAACCGUCUCUCAGAUUCGGAUAUAACUAAUUGAGUUGGAAAUAAAGAAAGGCGACCUCUUGGAGAUCAAGGAGCAGUGUUGUAGUGAGAUUGACAAAGGAAGCAUCCAGAUUUGGAUCGUCUCGUUAACAAUUCCUUGCAGCGUAAGCCGCGCGGCGCCAAGAAUUUACAGAGUUUGUUUUGUUGCUCCUGUCCAGUCUCCACCACCCAACCACCUCUGUCUCUCUCCCUUCCACUAGCCCCCACUUCCCCUGUCUCCCUCUGUUUCUCUAUAAAACCCAACACACGCCCUGGCGCCAGCGAUGUCAUCACCAUCGUCCCCACGAGCGGAGGGGAGCCAAGGAGCCGCCGGCGGCGGCGGAGGCGAAGCGAAGGAGAGCUACUGCGGGUUCUGCGAGAUGACGAAGCAGCACGCGGCGGGGUGCGCGCGGCGGCUGCCGAAGCGGAUCAUCCUGGUGCGGCACGGCGAGAGCCAGGGGAACCUCGACAUGUCGGCCUACUCCACCACGCCCGACUACCGCAUCCCGCUCACCCCGCGCGGCGUCGAGCAGGCGCGCGCCGCCGGGAAGGGCAUCCUCGACGUGGUCUCGACUUCCGCCGCCGAGGCGAGCCCGGACCCCAACUGGAAGGUCUACUUCUACGUCUCCCCCUACGAGCGCACCCGCGCCACGCUGCGCGAGAUCGGCGCCGCCUUCCCCAAGGACCGCGUCAUCGGCGCCCGCGAGGAGUGCCGCGUCCGGGAGCAGGAUUUCGGCAACUUCCAGGUCGAGGAGCGGAUGCGAGCCGUCAAGGAGACCCGCGAGCGCUUCGGCCGCUUCUUCUUCCGCUUCCCCGAGGGCGAGUCCGCCGCCGACGUCUUCGACCGCGUCGCCAGUUUCAUGGAGUCGCUGUGGAGGGACAUCGACAACGGGAGGCUGGACCAGAGCACGGGGUGCGAGAUCAACCUGGUGAUCGUCUCGCACGGGCUCACCUCGCGGGUCUUCAUGAUGAAGUGGUUCAAGUGGACGGUGGAGCAGUUCGAGCGCCUCAACAACUUCGAGAACUGCGAGUUCAGGGUCAUGCAGCUCGGCCCCGGCGGCGAGUACAGCCUCCUCAUGCACCACACCAAGGAGGAGCUCGAGCGAUGGGGCCUCUCGCCGGAGAUGAUCACCGACCAGCAGUGGCGCGCCGCCGCCAACCGCCGCAGCUGGGCCGAGGAGUGCGGCUCCUUUAUCGCCACCUUCUUCGACAACUGGGACGAUACGCCGCCCGAGGAAGAUGACGGCUGCAACGGCGACGACUGCCGCCAGGAAGAAGACGAUGGCAAGGACAAGUUGCUCGAGUAACCCCGAUCAACUCGCCCUGCCCUUUCUUUAACCUUAUUGGAGUUUCUUCGAAUUCGAUGCUGCUGCACACCUUGUUCGUUCCUCGACGACCGGAAGGAUUCAGACGACGAGAUUCGCAAGAUCAAGCUGCCAAAGUGUCCCAACUGACUUGCUCUUCCAUUAGUUUGGCCAAAGUUCUUCAGAAUUGAUACUGCUAGUGCUUUUCGCCAUGGAUGGAUGUAGCCAUUGCUGGUUUGUUUUUCUUCAAUUUGCAACCUGUUCAUAGUAGCUAGAAAUUCAGAUACAAUUGGGGAAAUGCAGUAGAGGGUACUCUGAUUGAGAGCACUUGGAGAAUGAUUUGGGGACAUUGAGGUUUUCGUUUCCAUUUCGUCCUCAUUUCCAAGUUUGUUUUGACUAUGCUGAUACAUGGUUGAAUUUACAACCUGUUUUUAGUAGUUCUUGUUCACUUGUUCAUAGAGCUAGACAUUUGGAUGUGAUUUGGGGAAAUGCAGAACAGAAGGUACUCUGCUUUGGAGCAGAUACUUGAGAAUAAUAUAACUGGAGUUUCUCAUAUUAA